UUUACCAUGUUCGCCACCCUGGGGAUGUUCAUCGUGGACGAGUUUGCUUUUGCGGACAAGAGCGGGAAUCCCAUAAGCAAGAAUGUCCCGCCACAAAUUGGCGGUGGAGGUACAUAUGCUGCCAUCGGAGCGCGUAUUUGGCUUCCUCCAACACGCGUUGGUAUGAUAAUUGACCGCGGAACCGACUUUCCGCAAUCCAUUCAGGCGACGUUGGACGAAUUCGGCUCAGAUAUGUGGCAUUAUCGAGAUCAUCCUGGCAAAACAACUCGUGCUCUGAACUCUUAUCGUGGCGACUUCAGAGAUUUCGAAUAUUUGACACCCCGAAUUCGCCUCACCCCGCGCGAUCUACAAGGAACGAGAUUAGAACGCCCGAAUUAUCUUCAUUUUAUCUGCUCCCCUACACGUGCGUUUACCAUCAUGGACGAAGUACAGCAAGUGAGCGACUGGAACCCGACUGUGAUAUAUGAGCCAAUACCAGACAGAUGUGUCCCGGAAGAACUUGAUGCUCUAGUCCAAGUCCUCCCGCGUAUAAACAUAUUGAGUCCCAAUGCCGAUGAAGCAUUUGGUCUCUUGUCGAUGCCUUUGCCCGUCUCUCGUUCAGGCAUAGAGGCUGCAUGCCAACGCUUCCUUGCGUUCUCCCAUCCACCUGCCGCUGUAAUAAUCAGAAGUGGAGCAAUGGGUGCAUGUGUUGCAGUUGUUGGUCAACCUAUACGAUGGGUGGACGCCUUCUGGUCCGAGUCGCAUCCAGAUAAGAUUGUGGACGUGACAGGUGCCGGAAAUAGUUUUCUUGGUGGUCUUGCUGCAGGUUUGUUACUGGAGAAUGGCAAUAUUCUUCGAGCUACGUACUAUGCAUCGGUUUCCGCCUCCUUUGUGAUAGAACAACAAGGUUUACCAAAGCUCUCGGAGGCAGGGGAUUGGAACGGCGACUCGCCGCAGCGAAGGUUAGAACAGCUGAAUACAAGCAAAGUAGUAGUAUAA